AAGACUGAUAGCCAUUUAUUAAAACGUGUCUAAUGAAAAAUUACACACGUUUUUACGGAUGGUACUAUUGAGCUGGAUCUAAUUGAUCCUUCAUAGAAAAAUAAUAAAGACUCAGCGCAUCCGUUUAUACACCCAUUUUAGACAAUGGUGAGGACCUGUUUUGGUUUAUUUUGGUAGACAAGGGCAAAUGGUCAAAUGAUAGUUGUUUUGGUGCGAAAUGGCAAGAUUUUUGAGACCUGACGUUAGGAGUCUACUCACCACACAGCUAAGGAUGACAUCUGACCAGCUGGGUGAGUUGGGCAAAGGUGCAGGGAAAGGAGGGGGUGGCAGAGGAUCUGUCAGAGAGGCAGGAGGAGCCCAUGGAAAGAAACAGGCCGCAGAGGAGGAAAUGUACUUCAGACGUAAAGAGCAGGAACAGUUGGCUGCACUGAAGCAGCACCACCAAGAGGAGAUUGAUCACCACAAGAAGGAGAUUUCGAGGCUGCAGAGCGAGAUUGACCGUCACAAGGGGAAAAUUAGGAAGCUGAAUCAUGAUGAUUGAGACUCACUCUAUUUGAAUGAAGCCCAGGUAUUCUUUAUUGCCAACCCCUAGUCAUUGCCUGCAUUGCCUCUCUGGGCCAGCUCUGUGUAUGUGUGAUGAAUUGUUCUGUAUAUGCUCGAGGUUAUUAAAACAAUUAUUUGAAAUGGUUA